AUGAGCAACCAAGCUGCACACGGUAGAUCUAUGCCUGAUCAGCCAAACCGCGAAGUUGAUGACAAAACUAAUCGCGAAACUAACCCUGAGGCGAAUGCUUUGCAUGGCCAAUUCCAAGCCGAGCAAUAUCAGACUAGUGCGUACUUUGGGCAAGGCGGUAGCGCAGGUACACCCAUGUUCGGUCCUAGUGACAACGGAAGUCAGCCCGCGUAUUACCCAGAUCCUAGAGCGUCCAUGAUGCCCAGCGUACACAAUGGAAGCAAUGGAAUGUUCUCCAUUCCUAUCCAGAACUCCUUUUCACCGGAUAUACACUACGGGCUCCCAUAUCCUCUGUCGAACCAAAAUACAUUCAUACAUACACCUGGGCUCAAUCCCAACACACCAUCGGGUUUUGCCCAGUACUCGCCAUCUAUGAACCCAGGAUAUCCAGAUCCCACAACCGGGCCACCCUUGAGCAAACCAUGGCCUCAGUCUGCGUCACCGCCCUCCCAGCCGUCCGUCCCAUUCUGGGGCUACCAAUUCCAAAACUUCGGGCAAGUGAACGCAUACCUGAACGAAGUAUGCUGGUUCCCCUCCAUGGACCGCUACGGCUUCCCGCAAACUGGCGAACAAUACAAAUUCCACCUUGAAAGGAUCUGCAUCGCUCUCCGCAAUAUCUCUCAAGUCUGGGACGUACAAAGCGCACCCUGGCAGUUCGGAAAAUUCAUUCCAAAAGGCGAAUGGACGGAUCCCCGCGACAUCGAGGCUAUAGCACACACCGUCGUGUACACGACAAUGCGCAUACACGUCUCGGGCGUGACCGACUUUGCCCAGCGACGCUCCAUCGACCUCAUAUCGCUCAACAGCGAAGACAUAGACUUCACCUUCCCCCAACGCAUCCACUUCGUCGCGUGUCUACUGAGCCACUCCAAAGCCAUCGCAGCGGAAGUCAUGGCAAGAGUGAAUAUAGAAAAGUACGUUGCGCUACCCAUCACAUGCUUGCGCUCGUUCCACCCCUUCAACACCAAAUGGCUCGAGGUGUCGCCGGAGGAAAAGAGGGGCUGGACAGAAGUCAAACCCUAUCUGGGGACCGGGUUCACGCAUCCGACGCCAGAGGUUCGCGAGCAGUUGACGGCUAUUUCGCUGGCGCGGUAUCAGCAGGCGUAUGCUGCGAGGCAGGCGCGCGAGGCGAGUGCUGCUGCGCUGGUGAUUGCGAAUCAAAAGAUGGUACAACCACCUGCGCAGCAUGAUGCAGGUGGGCACCGUAGGUAUUCGACGGCUGCAAGUCCGGAGGCUCAGGAUAGUCCUAUGGGGGGUGGCCAGGCACGCGGACAACCGCCUACUCGCCUUGCGCUGUCGGGGAGUAACGAGCAUUUGCGAAAUGUUGCGAGAUAUCGGGCUCAGAGCUUUGGUGAUGGAGGACAUCACUCUCCGGAUUUGCCGGACAUGCAAUAG